AUGACUACGGAGGACGAAAUCAUCCGCAUUGCCAAGAAGAUGGACAAGAUGGUGCAGAAGAAGAACGCGGCUGGAGCUCUUGAUUUAUUGAAGGAGCUUAAGAAUAUUCCCAUGACCCUUGAGCUGUUACAGUCUACCAGAAUUGGAAUGUCAGUGAAUGCGAUACGCAAGCAGAGCACAGAUGAAGAAGUUACAUCUCUAGCAAAAUCUCUGAUCAAGUCGUGGAAGAAACUGUUAGAUGGACCUUCAACUGACAAAGAUUCUGAAGAAAAGAAAAAGGAGCCUGCAUCUUCCUCACAAAACAGCCCUGAGGCAAGAGAAGAAAGCAGUUCAAGUAGCAAUUCCAGCAGCAGGAAGGAGGAGGCUAGUGCUCCCUCAAAUUCUUUCAUCCCUUCUUUUCCCCGGGCUCCAAGCACUUCGGAUUCUGUACGAAUGAAAUGUAGAGAAAUGCUCUCUGCAGCUCUCAGAACAGGAGAUGAUUACAUUGCUAUUGGUGCUGAUGAGGAAGAGCUGGGUUCCCAGAUUGAAGAAGCUAUUUUUCAGGAAUUAAAAAACACUGAUAUGAAAUACAAAAACAGAGUACGAAGUAGAAUAGCGAAUCUCAAGGAUGCAAAGAAUCCUAACCUGAGGAAAAACGUCUUGUGUGGGAACAUUCCUCCUGACAAGUUUGCCAAGAUGACAGCAGAGGAAAUGGCAAGCGAUGAGCUGAAAGAAAUGCGCAAAAACCUGACCAAAGAAGCUAUCAGAGAGCACCAGAUGGCUAAGACAGGAGGAACCCAAACUGAUCUGUUUACGUGUGGCAAGUGCAAAAAGAAGAACUGUACAUACACCCAGGUUCAAACACGCAGUGCUGAUGAACCCAUGACAACAUUUGUUGUCUGCAAUGAAUGUGGAAACAGAUGGAAGUUCUGUUAGAAGAAGAAAUUGUCGAGACAUCUGGA